AUGGUGGUCGAGCCGUUGAACUCGCCCGUGCUCACCACCGUCCUCGCCUUCCUUCUCGUGGUGAUCACCCUCCUCGUCUCCACCAGGCGCAGCAGCAGUGCGCUGCGGCUGCCCCCGUCGCCGCGGGGCCUGCCGGUCGUCGGCCACCUCCACCUGCUCGGGAGCCUGCCGCACCGGAGCCUCCGGUCGCUGGCCGCGUCCCACGGCCCGGUCAUGCACCUGCGGCUCGGCCGCGUGGCCGCCGUCGUGGCCUCCUCCGCGGCCGCGGCGGAGGAGGCCAUGAAGACCCGCGACCUGGACUUCGCCGGCCGCCCCAGGCUCCUCAUGGUCGACCGCUUCUACUACGGCACCGGCGGCAUCGGCUUCGCGCCCUACGGCGACCACUGGCGCCAGGCGCGCCGCGUCUGCGCCGCCCACAUGCUCAGCGCGCGCCGCGUCGCGUCCCUGGGCCGCGUCCGGGCGCAGGAGGCCGCCGCGCUCGUCGGCCGGGUCCGCCGGGCUGGUUCCGGCGUCGUGAACCUGAGCGACAACCUCGUCGUCUACUCCAACGCGGUCAUCUCCCGCUGCACGCUCGGCGACGCGGACUGCGGGGUGGAAGGCGGCGGCGCGAGGCUGAGGAAGGCGUUCGGCGAGAUGGAGGAGCUCCUCGGAACGGUGCCCAUGGGGGAGACGGUGCCGUGGCUGGGAUGGGUGGACACGGUGACGGGACUGGAGCGGAGGGCGAGACGAGUCUUCCAGGAGAUGGACGGGCUGCUGGAGCGGGUCAUCACCGACCACCGCCAGCGACGCCGUGUUGCCACCGCCACCAGGGACGAGGAAGACUUCGUGGACGUGAUGCUGGACGCCGACGAGCUGGGCACGGACAGCAUCAAGUCCAUCAUCUUGGACGUGCUCGCCGCCGCCACGGACUCGACCUUCGCGCUCCUCGAGUGGGCGAUGGCGGAGCUCAUCAACCACCCGCACGAGAUGCGCAAGCUCCAGGCCGAGGUCCGCGCGGCCGUCUCCCCCGGCGCCGGCGCGGUCGUCACGGAGGCCCAUCUCCCGCACCUGCCCUACCUGAAGGCCGUGAUCAACGAGACCCUGCGGCUCCACCCGCCGUCGCCGCUGCUGCUGCCGCGGGAGACGCUGGAGGACACCCGGCUGCUGGGCCACGACGUGCCGGCGGGCACCCGGGUCCUGAUCAACGCCUGGGCCAUCGGCCGCGACCCGGCGACGUGGGGGCCCCGCGCCGAGGAGUUCGCGCCGGAGAGGUUCGUCGGGUACGGCGGCCUCGGCGGUGCCGGGCAGGACUUCUCGUUCCUGCCCUUCGGCGCCGGGAGAAGGGGCUGCCCCGGGGUGGAGUUCGCCAUGCUGUCCAACGAGCUGGCGCUGGCGAGCCUCGUGCAUGGCUUCGACUGGGAGCUUCCCGGCGGGAGGGCGCCGCCGGUGGACAUGAGCGAGCUGUACGGCCUCUCCGUGUGCCUCAAGGCGCCGCUGCUUCUGGCCGCCAAGCCGUGGUCGUCCAUGGAUAUGGAUGGCGUUGAGUGAGCUAGGAUCGACGGUGCUUCUUUUCUCUACAUAUAUGUCCAUGAGAAGUGUUAAAGUGGGAAUGUUUUUUUCUUGAUUUUUUUUAAAAUGGAGGCAAAAUAUUUUCUUCAACUAUUUUAAUUAAGAUUUAAAAGAGUGUACAAAUAAUUACAAGUUGAUCAAGCUGCACAUUAACACGACAUGAGGGCGUCGAUUUUAGUCUUGUAUGCGUGAUGGCACUAAGAUAAGGUGUGAAGACCAUUGCA